AUGAGGUGGCAGAUUGGAAUGGAGAGCAAGGGUUUGAAGGUAAACACCAAGAAGACUGAAGUUAUGGCAAGUAGCAGGAGGGAUGUGGAAGUGAACAGCAAAUACAAGGACAAUGCUAGGCUCAAACAGGUCCGGGUGUUCAAAUACCUUGGAGUGACCGUAGAUGCCAGGGGAGGGUCGCAAGUGGCUAUGAGAGCUAAGGUAGCAGCAGCAUGGAACAAGUGGAAAGAGCUGUCAGAUGUUAUCAGUGACAGAAUGAUGCCUAGGAAACUCAAGGUGAAGCUAUACAGCAGUAUAAUACGACCUGUGCUCCUAUAUGGGGCAGAAGUAUGGAGAAUGAGAAAGGAGGAGGAGAGGAUACUGGAAGCGACAGAAAGGAGGAUGUUGAGAAGAAUCAAAGGUGUGACGCUGAGAGAAAGGAGUACUGACAUCAGGAGAGAAUUGGGAGUGAGUGACACCAACGAUAAGGUCAAGGAAAUAAGAAUGAGAUGGUACGGACAUGUGAAGAGGAGAGAAGGACAUCCUGCAAAAGUAGCUAUGGAAAGUAUAGUACCAGGAAGAGGGCCGAGAGGAAGACCAAAGAAGAGAUGUAGAGAUAACGUGAAGGAGGAUAUGAGCCACUUCGGCGUGCGUCCGGAAGAGGCCCUGGAAAGAGAGACUUGGAGACGGAAGAUCCGGGCGGCUGACCCUGCAAGGCGGGACCAACAGCCCCAGCACCCCGCAUCAAAACACGAGAUAACGCAGAGAGAAUCCAAAGAGUUCAGCUUGGAGGAUAUCACACUCGUCGUAUCAGAUCACAACGCAGGCUAUAAAGAACGUACACAAAGGCUUGCCAAUCUAGCCAGAGAGGAAUUGAAUGCAAGCCAAGUCAAUUCGAAUCAACCUCCGUCCCCUAUUCCCCGCCCACACUUCUCCCCCAAUCAGCCCAGGGACACCUUGUUCUCAUUCUCCCAUGCACACCUCUCCAUCACCCACAUCUGUCUCGUCUUCUAA